AUGAAUUCUCUUGUGUUAUACUUCUUCGCUGCUAUUACAAUAGCAUGUGCUAAAACCAUAUCUUACCUAUCCGACGACUCACUUUCAACCCUAUUUGAAGAAUUUAUAAAAAAAUACGAUAAACAAUAUUCAGAUUCAACAGAAAAAUUAAUAAGAUAUGGAGUAUUCCUAAAGAACUUAGAUAUCAUUGACCAUCUAAACAGUCACAGUACAGGCGAAACAUUUGGUAUCACAAAAUUCGCUGACCUGUCUAAUGCGGAAAUUCAGCAGUUUCAUAAAGGAUAUAAGCCCUCGAAAGAUACUCCUACCUUGUGCAAAGAAGUUACAGAAGUUGGAGAUUUUAAAACUGAUGACAAAUUCGAUUGGCGUGAUAAAAACGUUGUUUCUGAAGUAAAGGAUCAAGGUCAAUGUGGCUCUUGUUGGGCAUUUAGUGCUAUUGGAAAUUUGGAAAGUGUUAACGCAAUUAAAACGGGAAGUAUACAGGAAUUAUCGGAGCAACAACUAGUAGAUUGUGAUACAGGUUCAGAUGAUUUUGGAUGUAUGGGAGGAAUCCCGAAUGAAGCUUUGGUUUAUUUGAAAUCCAAGGGUUCUAUAUCUGAGGCUGACUAUCCAUAUACACAAAACGAUGGCACUUGCCAAUAUAAUGCAUCUAAAGUCGCUGUACAACCAACAGAUUGUGAAGCACUAAAGGUAGAUGAAGAUGGCUUAGCUAAAAAACUUCAGCAAAUAGCCCCGUUGUCUAUAGCUAUCGACGCUACUGUUCUUCAUAAUUAUCAAAACGGUAUAAUUCAAGGUGCCAACUGUAAUGGUCAAGAUCUUGAUCAUGCAGUUCUACUUGUCGGUUUUGGCGAAGAGAAUGGAGUGAAAUAUUGGUCCGUCAAAAACUCAUGGGGGGCGAAUUGGGGUGAAAAUGGAUACUUCAGGUUGCAGAGAGGAGUCAAUUGCCUUCUCCUUACUGAGGCUGUAGUGACAGCAGUCAUG